ACAAUCCAUGUGACAAUGUAGUAAGGAUGUUGUGUAAAAUCAAGCAUGAAUAUUUUCGAUUGUCGAUUCGAAAACGGCCCACGGAAAUUGUCUACCAAUAUUUGUUUAGUAAUCCUUACAGUGGUCACCAACACAUAUAUGAAAAUAAGUGAACUUAGGUGUGUUUUUUACCAACUUCAGAGCCUGAUAGCCCGUAACUGCCCCAUUGGACAGAAUAAUUAAUGGCCGUUCAGUUACAUCACAAACGAGUACUGUCUAAUUCAAUAACAGUAGUUUUAGAAUUUAGGUGUCGUCAUCCUGGUCUGGGAUCUCAAUCUAUAAAUCAAAUAGGCAUAAAAUGUCACGGUUAAGCUUAGCCUGUCCAUUUGUGAAGGUCAGUGGAGGGAACUAACUUCACAAAGGUGAAGUCCUCAACCCUCUGUAAAAAUCGAUUUUAAAAGGAAUGCGAAACCUGCAUUAAAGUUUCUUGUAUAGUAAAAAAAAUUAAGUGUAAUUGCAUUAAUUACAAAAAAUCUCUCAGAUAUGCCUAAACCGGUGUGCGUGCAGUGUAACACGCUAGAAUCUUUACUUUGGCGAAUGGCAGAGAAUGGAAUAGUAUGUAACGAUUGUCAUUUAUCGAAUACCGUAAAAAAGGAUUCGAAUUUAGAUCCAGCAGUGCUGAAAUCAGAAAGUGUUGAGAAAACGGAGGAUAAAGAUAAUGAAGGCAAGAUUGGGAAGGGCGAUGAUCCUAUAUCCUCUAAAGGUACAGGAAAAGGUACAAGAAAAAGUACUAGAGCAUCAAGAUAUAAGCCUAAAACAUCAGUACCGUAUACCAAAACUUCGGCGCCGCGUGGAAGAGGACGCAAAAGCAUUUUUAAACGACAGCCAAUAAAGGCCCCGACAUCUACAGCCACUGUAGUGGACAGUGAUUCCAUAUUUUAUAAGGGCAGUUACAUGCAAGUGGGUGAUAUAGUUUCUAUGGUACACAUUACUGGUGGCAUCUACUAUGCUCAAAUCCGGGGUUUUCUCACAGACCAGUACUGUGAGAAGAGUGCAGUUGUCACCUGGUUACUACCGACCAGGGCCAGUCCAGCGCCUGAAGAGGGUUUUGAUCCUUCCACAUAUAUCUUCGGUCCUGAAGAAGAUUUGCCACGUAAAUUGGAUUACAUGGAAUUUGUAAUGCAUGCACCAUCUGAUUACUAUAUGGAUGGUAAAAGCCAUUAUCAUCAAUGUGACUCAAAACUCGAUGAUUGCAGUGGCUUUCCUUCGACGACAUUAGGACCUAGGGAAACAACAACACAUUAAUAAGCCAAUCAAAUUCAAGAGAAUUGAAUUCAGAUAUAUAACUGAUAAAUUGUAGAAAUGUUUAGAAGCCUGAAAAAUUGGAAUUAAUGUAGCUUCACUUUUAACCUCGCUUCGUAAUACGACCUGAACUAUGAUAUUCAUUUUUGUUGUUUAUAACAUUAUUUGCAUUUGCAUAAUAUGACUUUAAUGCUAUGGUG